AUGGAAGCAAUCGUUGAAGCAGUGUACCGCGAUGAACCAUUUCCAGUGGAAAUGACAAAUGAUAUGCUGGACCAGCUUGAUCCUAGCUCCGGAAAGACGCCUCUCGAACUUGCAGCAUGUCUUGGGAAGCCUGCUACGAUUGCGGCUAUCCUAAAAGCCCGUCCAGAUUUGUUGCAUAAAGAAGGAGUUUCUGGCUUCACCCCUGUUCAGUUGUCUAGUUUCUGGGCGAAUAAAACUGGUUUUGAAGCGCUUUUCGCUGCCGGUGCCAAUAUCAACUCUCCAGCAGUCAACGGAUUAGAUUGUAAAGCGAUCGCUGUCUCCGCCGGCCACGCUGACUUUGCCAAAACUAUCGACGAAAUUGUUAAUUCAAAAAGCAGCAAGUCAGCACCAAAGGGCAAAGGAAAGAAAAAGUAG